CCCUCCCGCCGGUACAACAAGGAAGUAGCGUUUGGUUUGGUUUGUGUUUGUGUUUGUGAAAUGAAGUUGGUGUGUGUUUGAGCUGUCAGUGUGUGAGUGCGUGUGUGUGUGUGUGUGUGUGUGUGUGUAUAUGUGAUGAUGCUGGCCCCGGUGUACAUGACACGGUGAAUCAGGUGCUGACGGACCGUAGUAAAAUAGCUACUGCUGAUAGAGAAGAAGAAUGGCAGACGAAGCUUCUUUCCAGUUUUUACAUAACGAAGUGGUACAGUACGUUUACAAGUCAGCUGAAAACGGAGAGACGGAGAAUGGGAGAAAUAUCACCAAGCUGGAGAACAUGGGUUUCAGAGUCGGACAAGGGCUAAUAGAGAGACUGACAAAGGACACAAUACGGUUCAAAGACGAGCUGGACAUCAUGAAGUUCAUCUGUAAAGACUUCUGGACAUGUGUGUUCAAAAAGCAAAUUGACAACCUUCGAACCAAUCACCAGGGCAUCUAUGUUCUCCAAGACAACAAGUUCCGAUUACUGGGUCAGCUGUCGGCUGGGAAACAAUAUCUGGACCAAGCCCCGAAGUAUUUGACCUUUACAUGUGGUCUGGUGAGAGGAGCUCUGUCCAACCUGGGAGUGAAGAGUAUUGUGACUGCUGAGGUGUCCACCAUGCCAGCAUGUAAAUUCCAAGUCAUGAUCCAGAAAGUGUAACAACUAGUAGCAUUGGCCAACCUCACUUUGCAUUUUGUUUUGCAUCCAUAAAUCCCAGCCAUUUGUAUUAGUCAAACAAAAAUCGGUCAACUUGUUUCUACACUUUGGAGAUUGCAGUGAUGGGUGUCAAAAGUUUUGUUUAGGCUUCCAAUGUCCAUGGCUGCAUUUUCUUGAUAACAGCCUGUAGAGGGAGUGUGUUUCCUGGUGACACAAAGUCAUUAUGAUCAUUAUGAUCUUUCCAAACAACAUUAAUCCAAUCUACUGAAGUAGAUUUGAUGAGAGGUUCUCAAGAAACACUAAGGGACAAAUUAAACAACUGUUGGUGACUACAUUUGGGAUGUCUCAAUCAGAGAUUCCCUGGUGAACAGACUGCAGCAAAACAAUCUUAUCCAAGAUCAUGUAAAGUGUUGGAGUAUUUUAGACAGAGACCCAACAGUGUGGCAAUCUGUAAGUGGCUGAUCACAGCAGUACCAGCUACUGUGCAUGAACACUCGAAGUGAAACAUCUCAGAGCACUUUGUUUAAGAAGGCAGAGACAGCAAGACUUUUCCGUCCAGUUUACGUUUCAUCCUCACCCAAGUGUUAUACUGUAUAUAUCAGAAUCAUCAAUAUGCUGAACAGUAGAAGGCACAUCAACUUAAUUUUCUAAAUGUUUAAUCAUGGUCUCCAUCAUAUCACAAAUAUUGUCUGCACAGCUGCUGUUGUAAUAAUGUAACAUUAGAUCUGUAUUAUCUAGUGGGGUGAUUUUGCAGUUUUAUAAUGUCUAUGUACUUUAAUGCCAUGUAUGAUUAGAACAUGUCUCAGCCUAACAUUACAGAUCUGGACAUUGCUUCAGUUAUUUUCCUUGCCCGCACACUGAUGCAAAAAUACAUGUGUCUGAUCAUUUUACCAGUAUAUUGCUCCAAUGAUUGGAUAUAUCCAUAUCAUAACCAUUUUAAAUUCAAGAACUUAAAUAAAACUACUGAAACUCUAGGGUUUCAAGGGUUUCUUUGACAUA